AUGGCCUCCGAGGAAAGAGCUGUUGGAAUUUCCUCUGGCGUGGACACCGGUAUCGCCAUGGACAAAAUAAAACAUGUUGACUCUACAAUUGAGAAGCAUGCUCAUGACGCCGAUGAGGCUCUGAAGGCUUUGGGUGGUCUUCAUGGUGAAACCAUUGAGCUGGACGAGGCCACCAAUCGCCGCUUGUUAAGCAUUAUUGAUUGGCAUAUGAUGCCGAUCAUGUGCUUCAUCUAUGGCAUGAACUAUCUGGACAAGACCACCCUCUCCUAUGCCAGUGUUAUGGGUCUUAGAACGGAUCUGGAGCUCAAGGGAGACCAAUAUCAGUGGCUCGGGAGUUUGUUCUACUUUGGUUAUCUGGCCUGGGAAUACCCGACCAACCGCCUCCUCCAGCGGCUCCCACUAGCAAAAUAUUCUGGAGCCUGCAUCUUGAUCUGGGGAAUGAUCCUCAGCUGUUUCGCCGCUGUCAAUAACUACGCCGGUGCUGUCGCUAUCCGUUUUAUGCUUGGUGUAUUCGAAGCCGCUGUGACACCGGGCUUUGCACUGUUAACUUCCCAGUGGUACACAAAACACGAACAAGGCAUCCGCGUCAACAUCUGGUUCAGCUUCAACGGCGUGGGCCAGAUAUUCGGCGGAGUGGUCGCGUACGGCAUCGCUGUCGGCACCGAGAAAUACGGGUCCUCCAUCGAGCCAUGGAAGAUUGUCUUCCUCGUCACUGGCCUCCUCACCGUCUGUCUGGGGCUAAUAUUCCUCUGGAUUGUACCAGACAGUCAACUCAAUGCACGCUGGUUAAACGAGGAAGAUCGCAUCUUGGCUGUUGCCCGUGUGCGGGUCAACCAGCAAGGCAUUGGCAAUAAGCAUUUCAAGCUAUAUCAGGUCAAGGAGGCGCUUUUGGACCCGAUGACCUGGGCUUUUUUCCUUUAUGCUUUGAUUGCUGAUAUUCCAAAUGGGGGUAUUUCCAAUUUCUUUAGUCAGUUGAUUACAAGUUUCGGAUACAAUUCGAGAGACAGUCUGAUUCUGGGUGUCCCUGGCGGCGCAGUAGAAGUCGUUGCACUGUUACUCAACGGCUAUAUCGGACAUAUCACGGGGCAGCGCAUCCUUGCUAGUUUGGGUGGGCUAGUCGCUUCAAUCGUGGGGAUGCUGCUCAUUGUCGCUCUGCCCUUAUCGAACAAUGUUGGCCGUCUGAUUGGAUACUAUCUCACACAAGCCAGUCCGACCCCUUUCGUGGCAUUGUUAUCGCUGAUUUCUUCGAAUGUUGCGGGGUAUACUAAGAAGACGACUGUGGCGGCUUUGUAUUUGAUCGGAUAUUGUGCGGGAAAUAUUAUCGGCCCACAAGUCUUCCGUCCAAAGGAUGCCCCCCCGCUAUGUCCCCGCCGAGGUGACACUUAUCGUCUGCUGGGGGGGUUCCUUGAUUUGACUGAUCGAGAGAACCCCGAGUUCAUUUAUUCUCUUUAA